CACAUCGGAAACCCGUCUGCACCCACUUUAUUUCGCCCCUUUGCAUAUAAAAGUGUGCGGAGCUCAAUCCCCUCCCUCGUAUCUCAAUCCCUUUCACUGUAAUUCGCUUUAACGGCGUCCUCUUCCACUUUUGAGGAAGCUUUUGUGCCUGUUCUGCAUCGCCUCAACUUUUAGCUUAGCAUCAUAUUUUUCCAUUUUUCUUCCCGCCGCUGCAGCAGCGGUUAGCCUUUACCGCUUCUCUCCUCAGAGUCAGCUCGACGAACAGCAGCGGUUGGGAACUGUCCAUUUUGUCCUUGUUUUGAACAUUUUAGAUCUACUGAGGGUCUUAGGUAAGAUUUUUCGCCAUCAGACUUGUGUUUGUAUUUGGAUUUACACAUUUUGUCAAAGUAAGGAGCCGGGAAGAGCAUCUUCAGCUGCGUUAUUGAAGGUUUUACUGUGAGGGAGUUGAUCUUUUCACACUGCAGCCAUGGAUGAGAUGGACCUGCCCCAGAUGAAGAAGGAGGUGGAGAGCCUGAAGUAUCAGCUGGCAUUUAAACGAGAGAAAUCCUCCAAGACAGUCACUGACCUGGUGAAAUGGAUUGAGGAGUGCGUUCCUCAAGACCCAUUCCUGAACCCGGAGCUGAUGAAGAAUAACCCGUGGGUGGAGAAGGGGAAGUGCGUGAUUCUUUAGGAAAAACAGUCAGCAUCCCUCAGUCUUCCCCAAAAAAACGAAACGCCCCAAAGCCCAGCAGGACAGAACGCACCUGCACCCUGUUCCCUUUCACCAUGAAUGUACAACAGCCCACACACACACACACACACACACAUUCCCGUUCACACUGAGUCAUUAGCACCAAACAGUCACGAUUUGCAAGAUUUGACUGCAACUUUGCCAUGCGUUAACUAUUAUUCUAACCAUAAAUGUCAGUAUAUCUUUAUAUGCAGUUAGUGCAGUUUCUUUAGUCCGUUAUAUUUCGCUGUUGUCGCUGCUGCUUGCGCUUUUUCCUUUUUAAGCAACGUCACCACUGCCAGGAAAAAGCCUGAUGGGCUGCUGAAAAGGCACGAUGAUUAAAGCGAUAGAAUUCCUUCUUACACCAAGUGUAUUUGAUCAGCCAUGAUUUGUUUGGUGUCUAAUCUUAGUUUAGCACUUGAGGCUAAAAUAGUUAAUAUGUAAUGGGAGCGAUGCCAUGUGUAAUACAUGGGGUCUUGGGCUGACCCUGACUAACCUCUUGGACCCCCCUUAAUGUCUCAAAAUCAAAAUUCAGGGGGGAUCCUGAAAAUAAAUUAAUGAUGGCAUUACAACAUAAUUGUUUAUCUGCUUUUCCCACUAUGAGCUUCUGUCUUAACCAACUAGAGCUGCAGCACUGCUCUGCCUCAGGGUGGCACUGUAGCAGACUGGCUCACCCAGUUGGUCCUUCGUAGUCUAGAAACUGUAACUGCCUGGAUUCCUCUGAUAACUUUACAAUGAGCUGAAGCAGAUCUGUAAAUCUGAAAAUUCGCCCAGUUUCCCAAGAAUUUGGAGUGAAGAGUGACUCUUCUUCAUUUCACACACUGAAGAGGAGACAAGGAAGAUCUCAGUUAAUGUGAGGAAGAGCCUAGAACCGCACUAGAACAGAGGCUUUACAGAAGAACAGCUGAUAAAACAAACAUUUACUGACACUAAAGCAUCAGCGCCACUAUGGAGAGAGAGAGCAGUCAACAUGUGGUCUAUUAGCUUGACUCAAACUGCUGUACCAUAUUUGACUGAGUCUGUUAGACCCAACAAUUGGACACGGUUUAAGGCAACUGUGUAAUAUUUUUGCAUGAUGCUAAUUGGUGGAGAAUAAGCUACCAUUACCUGUUAGCCACAUUAGCCUUGUAGCUUCUGGGCUAAAACUAAAGAAGCAAACUUCAGACACCAGACAUGUCUUGGCUGAUUGACUACAUAUGGAGUAAAUUGUGAGGUGUGGGUGGAAUUGCAGCAAAAUCUAUCACUUUUAAUUCCUCCCUUUUUCCGCAGUCUGUUAAUCUGUCCAGCGGGCCGGUGCACUAAUUAGAAAACCACACAUGACACUCUCACUUUGAGCACCAUUCUGUACAGAUAAGAUCUGUUUUAAUUUAUUGACUUAUUUAUGAUCAUCUACCUAUUUAUGUAUUUAUUUAUGGUUCUAUCAGCGGUGACCGCUUUGAAAAGCUCUGACGCAUCCUUAACCCCCUCGACACCUUCCCGAAUUCACCAUCAAAUACUGCCUUGUACACAGUUUCCUUAAAAAAAAGAAUGUAUGCGUUUCGUAAGGAGUUGGCGAUCCAUCAGCAGCCUCCGAGACACAGACCAAGGCUUGAAGUGAUAAUUUGUGGAGAAGACAGCGAAUUUGCAAGCUCUCGCAAAUUUAGUCGAUCUGGAGUUUGCUUCUGUGGCUUUAGCACUGAUGCUACGAGGCAAACUGAGCUAACAAGUAAGCUUAGGCCCCACUGAUUAGCAUCACGUUUCCCUCAUAUCUAUGAAAAUGGAUAGAAGUGUUGCGUAGCUAAGAAACAGUGCGGGUUCAUGUGUGCAGUUAGCGCCAUGCUAAUAUGCUUCCAUUACUUUCUGCAGCGCAAAGCUAAAGAAGCAACCACGUCGACUGUGUUUGGGGUACAGUGGAGGUGGUGGGGGUUUGUUAAUUUGCUUUUUCGCCCCAAUAUAUCGCUUUAACACUCAGAUGUACAUCUGUUUAUCAAAGCAAGGUGAAGGGUGUGGGUUAAUUUAUUUGUGACUUCUGAUUUUGUUCUGUUUUUAUAUAUAUAGGACGUUAGAAAACUGUCUAAUUAUCUUGCGGUGUAUUAAAAGUGAGAGUGCUUUGGGGGGAUUAUGCAUAAGAUCAAGAACUAGAUUAAUGAAUAAGCAAUAAGCAAUUACUUUUUUUUAUUGAAUGUUUUACAAAAAACAUUUAUCGUGAAUAAAGUAGAAGAUUUUUAGACAGCUUUGGUGUUGUUUGUGUCUGUUUAGAGUGCGAUGCUGUGCGUACACUGUGGAGACACUGCGGAGUUCUCUUGGCCUUGUUCAGCUCAAGGCUUAGCUGUUUAUCACUGGGAUGUACGAAGGCCCACACAAAGAAACACAUUUGAUCUUAGGAAAAAAGUCAAAUUUCCUAAAUCUCUCCUGUUAUCAUGCUACACAAAGCUAAAUUGGAUCCAUUUGUGCUUGUGUUCAUAACCAGAAGAGAUGAAAAACUAACGGGGGAUGAAUAUGUUAAUCAGAAACACAGAGUUGGAGACAAAUUACACUACAAACUGGCAGCUGAGCUGAAACUGAUCAUUGGUCACCAGCCAGACUCUUAAUUCCUGCAUCCAACACUCUGCACUUACCUUAUUAAGACAGUUCUUCAAAGGUUCUUUAGUAAAGACACUGGGCCUCAUUCAACACCAGUUCCAAAUCUGUGACCUUGAUACUGCACCAUGAAGGUCACCCUUUAAAGCAUGUUAAAAUUAAAGUCCUUUGUUUUUGGUUGUACAUCCUGACAUUUGAGGAAAUAAAAAUUGUGCACAGACGUUUUUCAGUGAGUGAAAAAAUGUCACAGUUUUAUUUAGAAUUUUAUGACUAAAUUAUCAUGUUUAUAUUAGAAAAUACAUAUAUAAUAUGGUUACAGUAGUUGACAUUUAUGGUUGGAUGGUUCCUCCAUCUAAUAUAUAUAGACAUUUGGAGGCAAAAAGAAACUGCAAUGAAUUGUAAUGGAUGCACUGAAAUUUAUUUAACAUAAAAGAGAUAUUGCUUAA